UUUCCCAUCCCUAGGGGGAACAAAGAAUUAUACGUUCCAUGAAAAGGUCAAAGGAAACUAAAACACAGGGGAGAGUAUAAAAAAUCUAACUCAUGUUUGCUCAUUAAUUGGAUAUUUAUAUUAUUUCUUUGUUGUUAAUUAAUUGAUUAUUUAUAAUCAACAAUAGGUAAAUAUGAGGGCAACCUUCGAAUUUUAAAAGUUCAUGGGGUUAUAUGGUUAAAAUUCUAUCAUGGAUUUAUAGCAUGUUACAAAUUCCACAUUUAAUAUGUGAGAUUUACCAGUUCGUGGGGUCCAUGAAUUUGAACCCUUAAAAUCCGUGGGCCAUACUCAGAGAGAAAAAUGAGAAACCUUUUCAACUUUGUGAUUCUAGGGUUUCAAGGAUUACAGGUACAGAUGGAAAACAAUCAACGAAACAGAUCUGAUGGCAAAAGAGUUCUUCACGGGCGAAGGGAACAUACCUUGUACCAUCAUGUAAAAUUUGAAAAAUCUAAGUACUCAUAAUGUAAAUUUUUAGGUAUCAAAAUGAAAAUUUACAAUUAUUUUUUUGUCUAAAUAAUAAAUUUAGGUAACAAAAUAUAAAAUGUAAAAAGUAUAGGUAUUAAAUUGUGUAUAACUCUUCAUAAAUUUCAAUUGCGAUUAUAUUUAUCAUUGUAAGAAUUGGGUUCACGAUUUCCCUAGCCCCUUCUCAUCAAUGGACUCCUGACAUAUACCAAGGAGUGUGGUUCGUUCGAAAAAUUUCCUACCUCUCUAUCUAUCUCUAAGAUGUUUGGAUUUUUCAAAACCCCAUGGACAUGCAGAAGAGAAAGACUAUCCCCACUUGGACCAAGACAUAGCUUUUACUUGUUCAAAUAACAAUUAAGAUGAAGUAGCGUUAGGAAUAACGAAUCUCUUUAUGAUAAACAAAUUCAUUUUGCAAGUUCGUUAUUAUGGGUAGCUCCUACAAAAGAUCGGACUAAUGACGUUUACACCCUUGGGGCUUUCUAUUUGAUUGUAUCAAGGCCAAAUGAAUUAAGAUUUUCCUAUGUCUUUUGACCCCAUAUUGUAGGGUGGAUCUCGAAAGAUAUGAAAGACCUCCCUCCAAGUCGUAUAUAUGACUUUGUCAAAUACGGCUUUCCAAAGAAUUUUAUAUGUAUCUAUGAGAUCAAGUAGAUAAUUCUGAUUUUGUUUGAUAACCUGCUACUAGUUCUUCAUAUGAAUCCAUGAAUCCACCCAUCGAAUUGGAUUUGGAUAAAAUGGAUUGGAUUUAAAUGUGUUGGAUUAGUUGGAUAUUUUAGUGGAUGGAUUGGAUUCAUAAAUUUAAAUACUAAUUACCACCUCCAGCUACAACCCACCAUUUCAUUCGCCCUUUAUUCCUUGGAGUAAUGGAGACGGAUUUCUAUAAUGUCAAAUGAUAUACAGUUUAUAUUUGAACAAAUAAAAAAAGUUAGAAUGCUCUAAAUAACAUUUGUACUAUGUGUUUUAUUGAAUUAGAUUAUAGUAACCUCGAAUGGUUCCUAUAAUCUAAUUGAUUAACUAAUUAUUGAUUAUUAUUGAAUUAGAAAUCAAUAAUAAUUAAUAUUAUUGAUUUCUUUUCUUAUAAAUAUCAUUAACGUGGACAUUAUUUCGGGUUUGACAGUUUGACUCCGGAAACAGGUUUACCAAUGUUCGUCAAGUCAAAUCUAGAUCUCUUGGUUGACUCGAAUUUGCAUUGAAAAUUAGAGAUACGAGGUGUUUGUGGAAAAGGUAGAGAGGAAUUUUUCGGUUGACUCAGUUUACUAAAUAUUUAAAACUUACAAAUUCGAACGUGUUUGGUCAAGUUUGACAAUUUAAAGUUAAACUAGACACGAGAACCCUAUAUAGGAUGACCAGUUAUAGGUUGAGCUUCGAGAUUUGAGAUUGCUAGAUCAAUGAUUAUUACAGUUGUUAUAAUUAAUUAUUAUUUGAGCAUUAUUGUAUAAUAAUUAUUUUUACUAAAGUAUAUUUAUCAUUAUAUAAUAAUAUCUAUUUUAUUAUUUUGUGAUAAUAUUUUAUAAUUUUAAUAAAUCUAUUUAUAAUAAUAUAAUUGCUUACUUUUCACUCUAUUUGCACCCUCUUACUUUUAUCAUCCAAAAAACAAUUUACCCCUCCACUUACAAUCCCCCACCAAUUUGCACCCUUUACAAUUUACCCCUCAAUUUGCAACCUCUCUUGAAUUUGCACCCCUGUUGCCAAACAAAGUAUUACCUCCAUGCCAUGUCUUAGGUGGAGGCACUACAUGCAGCAUAUUCGGGACUCAGAAACACAACAUCCACAGUGGAAUGACAUCCCUGCAAUUAACAAUCAUGGAUGAUUGCUUGUAGCCUACCGAACUACAACACACUUCGAGUGAAGAAUGAGGGAUGGACAUAUUAACCAUGCAUGCCACAAACUAAAGAGAGACCUCUUGACUCCCUCAAAUGCGCACCAUGCAAACCAUCUCUAAAUAGAGGCUUGUGGAACGAUUCCACGUAGGGAAAGGGAAAAAAGCAAAUAGGGUGAAAAAACCCUUAAAAGGCCAAAAUAACAAAGAAAAGCAAGAAAAUAUGAGGGAAGACAAAACAUUAGGCUACUACCCAUCACCAAGAGGUGCCGAUAAUCAAUGUAGUGAAAAAAAGUGAUUUUAGGUAGAAGCGCUUUGAUUACCUAGAAGCAUAAAUGUCCAUAUUUUUACUACAACUAUAAAUGAAAAACGCAAUUCUACAUAAAAAGCGGUUUAGUGAUCUGGAAUCGUAAAGCCUUAAGCUUUUAACCUUAUAAGUACAAUUUUAACUGCAUUGCCGACAUCAACCAGAGCAGUGUGGUCUCAUUUAUUAUAUAUAUUCAUGGGGCUACCCAUGUAAAUAAAUGAAAAAAAACCACAAAGAUACUAGAGGGAAGUAGCAAAUAUAAAAAGCAAUAUACUCUUAAGGAAGUGGUUAAGAUCCAGACAUGGGCCUCUCCUAUCAACUCGAGUUAUUUGGGACCAGUUGGUUUAUGACAUGGUACCAGAGCUGUGAGACAAUUCCAUAGUUUCUUCUUCAUGUCUGAUCAUAAUUUGAAGGUCUCCUGCAGCGGCGACAACGUUAAGCCACUCGUUUCGUCGUCGCCUUUCUUCCUCCAUCAAUCGAAUAGCCCCAGCCAUGCAAGGCGACACCACAGAUUCCUUAAUCGCCAAAAAAACUAGGGUUUGUUAAUGGUUCCCUUUCAGCUCCUGAAUCUCCAGCUGAUCCUGAUGCAUGGAAAUAAUGCAACACGAUGGUUAAAGGAUGGUUGAAAACUUCGAUGAGUAAAGACUGUGCAACAAUGUUCACUUUGCCAAAACAGCCCGUGAGAUAUGGGUUGAUCUUGAAGCUUAGUUUGGACAUGGCAGUGCACCACGGCUUUAUGAACUUCAGCGCAUCAUUCUCUCUCUUUAAUAGGAGAAAUCAUAUGUGGUUGCGUUGUAUUCAAAGCUGCUAGGUUAUUAGGAUGAAAUUACAUCCUUCGCCCCAUCCCUUGAUUGCACUUGCAACGUCAAGGAAUGCAAGCGGGAAGCACAUGAAAUCGAGAGGCUGUUUGAUUGUCUUAUUAUGGGACUUGACGAGACUUUCUCCACCAUCAAGUCACAAAGUCUUGCUAUGAAGCUUCUUUGCGGCAUCACUGAGGAUUAUCGUAUGGUUCUGAAUAAUGAACAAAUGCGUAGUGUUACCAUCCAACGACGUCCUCAGUCCGAAGCUUCUUCCUUUCAAGCUAAAGGCGAAAGGCGUUCCACUACUAGUCGUCCUCCAUCAGUUGGGCAAGGGAAUGUGAUGCCCAUGGACACCACUAUUGCUCUCAUUGAGAGAAAUCAGGUCACUUAAAAGAAAGUUGCUUCAAGUUGCAUGGUAUCCCCUUCGUUCUGCCGAGAAGUCAGAUUCCUCUAGGAGAUGACCACCUCCUUAUAGUCCUCGGACAGCUCAACCUGACGCAGCGACCUGCCCAGUCCCUGACCUUUUGGCAGCAUAGUACACUCAGCUGAUUGCCUUGUUUGGCGCUGACUCACAAGUUGGCUCUUCCACGCCACUUGAUCCCGUUUCCAACAUGGCAUGUAUGACCAAUCCUCAUAAAAACUUGUGGGUUAUUGAUAAAGGAUGUAACGAACA